AUGGCGAACGGCUGGGCACCUUUCAUCGGACUCAUUGUCCUCGCAAUCUUCUGCGCCGGAGCAUGGUUCGGCUCACCAAAAGGCGAGAACCAAACCAUCUGGCGCUCGACGCUCCUCCUCUCCGCCGUCUCCAUGUACCUCAUGUGGGCGAUCACCUUCCUCGCGCAACUCCACCCUCUCAUCUCGCCGAUCAGAGAGGACAUCCGGAAUCUGGGGCAUUAG